GCGCCGAAGGGCAGGGGAAAUGGCAGCUGCGUUGGGCCCGUGUUGUGCAUGUUUCUGCGCUCCCGGGCCCCGGGCUAUCGCUGGUCCCGGGCGUGGCUGCCCCCGAGCACUCUUCCCUCUCCCCCCGCGGGCCGGGAGGUUGCCGUCCUGUCGGCGGGGCUGCGGCAGCCGCGGCGAGGUGCGAGGCCUGCAGCAAGGCCUCGUGCCCGGCACCAGCAGCGGCCUCCCGGCCCUUCCCUCGGGGGUGCCCGGGGCGAGGAGGGGCCAGGGGGAGCCCCAGCUGCCCUGGUCGGACAGGCGCUGGACAUUGUCAUUUAAUGCCGAGCUUUCCCCACAGCCCGUCUGUCCGAUGGUCACCAUGUGCAGAAAGAAAAGUGGGUGGCUGCCACUUCGGCAGAGAGAUGGUCCAGACCCAGACGGGAAGGACGGCCUUCCCAGCGCUCCCCAGUCCCUGUCCUCAUGCAGCCGGCCAACAGCUCUGCAAGCUUGCUGGGAACUACUUCCAGCAGCAGAGCACCUGUGGGCCAAGAGGAGAUCCAGCUGGUCAGCUGCAGCUGACUCAGGCACCACCAGUACUGAAGGUACUCCUGCCUGGAGGAAGUGGAAGAAAACCCAUAUCCAUCCAGUCAAGCCUGAACUGUUGCUUACCGGACUGAACCUUAGAGCCACAACAGUAUCUUUGAACAACCUGUAGAUCUGCUUCCUUUUGUUUGAAAGUUAAAAUAAUUACGUGUAAAGUUCAGUCCAGAAAUUCAGAGCUGCUGUAAAGAUCAGUUGCAGGUUUUGAAGGAAUUUGGACAUGAGAAGCACUAUUGCAAUUCAGUAACGUAAACGUUGUGGGAUUUUCUUUCUCUGGGGAAACUAAGGUAUAGGCAAACUUGACUGACUUUUGGGCAUAAGUCAGGUA